CCGCCGUCCUCGCGGGAAGGAAGCGCUAAUGCAUUGAGUGAAAGGGAUCGGUGGAUCAGUCGAGAUCGACGCGAGAGCUCGGCAGAGCAGUCAAACCCCAGGGUAUGCCGCCAUACAUCUCGCGAACGCACCUUUAUGCAGCGCGGCUCACCGAGGUCGGAAGUUUCCACGUCGUCACGGUCGCUUUCCUCGCGGUCCGUCUCCCUGCGCAGAUACCACGAGCGACGACGUGGAUACUCUACAGAUAGGAGCAUCGGACGCUCCUUGUCUCGAAUGGAUUCCCGGGUAGCCUAUUCGCGUAGAGGGCGUUCGCGUUCCUGUUCCAGUCGUAGCAAUCUAUCAUGCAGUGAGAGCAGAUCGCCUAGCGUGAGACACUCGCGUUAUGGAUCAUCUUCUUUCUCCCGGGAGCGAUCCGUUUCGUUUGCUUCUUUCCACCAUUCUCCACGCAGCACUCAGCAGAUUGAGAGGAGCGGGAUAUUUCCUCGACUGCCACCGUCUGAACGACACAGGGGAUUUCCUCUUGGACCGACGUGCGGAGCCGCUCACGCAGAAAGGCAGUGGUGGCGGAGACGGGGAGGAGGUGGUUGGCCAGCAAGAGGUGGAGGCCGAGGAGGAAGAGGAAUGUGGAGAGGCAGAACUGGAGGACCUUCGUUUGGGGCCGAGAGAGGAAGGCACGGAUACAGGGAGUAUGGAAACAACUCCUGGAUGGAUCGCUCUCCAGGCUGCGACUCCGAGGAAGAGUACAGGAGAUCGCGAAGCAGGGAGAGGGCGAGGAGGAAAAAACAGUACGAGACCAUACAGAAGUACUGUAAGACGAGCGAAGGAGAGCGACAAGUAUUCUGGGACGGUUUCCAGUGGGUCCGUAAAACAGACAGGGAAGGUCAACUGAUGUACGAUCAACAAAUGAAUGCCACUCGACGGGCGAGGCGCCUUCACGUCGGCAACCUUCCCUUACAGCUGGAGGAGGCAACGGAGGAUGACUUCAAGCGGCACAUGUGGCACGUGAUGAGGUUGAACAGCUCAUGCGCAGAUCCGGCUGUCUGUCCGAUUUUACAUGUGUGGUUUGCACGAGACCGUGGUGGCAAUUAUGGCUUCGUUGAAAUGGCCUCUGUCGAGGAAGCUCACGCAGCGCUGCGUCUUGAUGGCAUGCUUUGGCACGGCCUUCCCAUAAGAAUCAACAGGCCAACAGACUGGAAGAACAGUGUUGGCGAUGAAAGUGUCCUUGGGGCAUUCGCUGGGACUUCAGGACUGGCUCUGGCAGAAAGUCUGGCGGCUGCUGCUCAGCAGGCUACUGUCACUGGGAAUGACACAGGUCUCGUCAGCCUCAUUGCCUCGCUUCCGGAAGAUCAGCGGGCAGCUGCGCUAGAUCUGGUCGCCAGGCACAGAGCGUCACAACGGGCGAACCACCAACAUGUCGACGUCAUUCAGAGUCAGAUUCAGGCCGACCUUCUUUCUGGGCAACCUUCCCGCGUCGUUCGCAUCGCUUGUCCAUCGAAGAUAGAACGGGACGAAGAAUAUGAUGAGAUUCUCAGUGAUAUCCUGGCGGAGUGCAACAAGUACGGACACGCUCUUGCAGCACUCAUAAUCCGCCCGGAACUCGAGCAACUCCUCCCGUCGGUUACCGUGGGGGAUGUUUACCUGGAAUACGCCUCGUGCAUACAGGCAGAUCACAUUAUACUGACAUUCUCUGGGAGAAUGUACGACGGCAAGCCUCUUCAACUUCAGCGCUUCAACGAGCUUGCGUGGCGCCAGACAUUCCACCAGCACGCAACACCGCUUCUGAAUCAGGUUUUUGAGAAAGCUCUCGAAGGCCUGCAGCCAGCCAACGUUCCGGUGACAGCUGAUGUGGGUGUUGUGGCCAUUGAAGCUGCCGGAGGGGAUAAAGACAAGAUCGCUGCAUGCACUGCUGGUGCUGCAGCAGCACUCGCUUUUUUAAAUAGCGGCCCCCAAACGACCUCGCGCACAAGCACUCAAGUUCCAUACGGCCCUCAACCACAGCCGCAGACGGAGGCGUCUUCCGAAGAGAAGAACUGUAAGGACGCCGUAGGAGAGAACGACAGUACGACACAGGACCCAGAAAACCACAUCCACGACGACGGCUCUGUCACUUGUGGCACGGUGGGGCGCGUAAGCGUCAGCACAACGUGCUCAGAAUGAAACAAAGGAGGCCCCGUAGCGGCAGAGAUGUUGCUUCCGGGUUUCAGUUGUGUGCGGUAGUCUUCACUAAAGACAAGGACGGAUGCGUGUAUGACGGGAUAUUCCCGUUUUCGUGUCGGGAAGCGCAGCUUCAGGAAAUCCGAAAGAAACUGAAUUCGGUCCCAAAACUGUGAGCAGGAAUUACCAUUUCCUGACUUCGUACAUGCCGUGUCCAAUUUUAGGCGUUUUUUGUCCGUACAUGUUUUCGGCUUAGUCCACAGGGAAAACCUCAUUCGCCUGUGGUUCGUUGAACUGCUUGUUUUGGCUACACGAAAAAAAUGCCUGUGUCACAUUGUCAAACAGCCGUCUCACUGGAGACUGCAUCCCGCGAAUAAAGUCCACUUAAAUACACAGA